GCGAGAUCAAUGGGUUACUGCCCAUGAAAGAGUGAAGCGGCAACCACGCAGACAGGCAGGGAGAGAAGAGCCGGGCAGAAGAGCAUGCCACCCCGGGGAAAUCAGAUUCUGAGAAGGAGGUUGGCCAAUCCACUCCGGAGCAGUAGCAAGUGCCCACAUCCAACUCAGCAGACAGCUGAGAGCAGAUGAGAGGAGAGGAGGGGCCGUGAAGACGAAGGAAGAGAAAUAGGAAGCAGAGUCGUACCUGCAGGGAGCCACCACCGGCAGUGGUGGAGCAGAGAAGCUCCAGCCUUGCCGUUCACCAGGAAGCAUGCAGGGGCCCGGUGCCUAAGGCUGAGGAAGAUGGCUGACAUCCAGAACAUUUCGCUGGACAGCCCAGGGAGCAUAGGGGCCGUGGCGGUGCCUGUGGUCUUUGCCCUUAUCUUCCUGUUGGGCAUGGUGGGCAACGGGCUGGUGUUGGCCGUGCUGCUGCAGCCUGGCCCAAGCGCCUGGCAGGAGCCGGGCAGUACCACAGAUCUUUUCAUCCUCAACCUGGCGGUGGCCGACCUCUGCUUCAUCCUCUGCUGCGUGCCCUUCCAGGCGGCCAUCUACACGCUGGAUGCCUGGCUCUUCGGGGCUUUUGUGUGCAAGGCCGUGCACCUGCUCAUCUACCUCACCAUGUACGCCAGCAGCUUCACUCUGGCCGCCGUCUCCGUGGACAGGUACCUGGCGGUGCGGCACCCGCUGCGCUCGCGGGCCCUGCGCACCCCGCGCAACGCGCGCGCCGCCGUGGGGCUGGUGUGGCUGCUGGCGGCGCUCUUCUCGGCGCCCUAUCUCAGCUACUACGGCACGGUGCGCUACGGCGCGCUCGAGCUCUGCGUGCCCGCCUGGGAGGACGCGCGGCGGCGCGCGCUCGACGUGGCCACCUUCGCCGCGGGCUACCUGCUGCCCGUGGCCGUGGUGAGCCUGGCCUACGGGCGCACGCUGCGCUUCCUGUGGGCCGCCGUGGGUCCCGCGGGCGCGGCGGCGGCCGAGGCGCGCCGACGGGCCACGGGCCGCGCGGGGCGCGCCAUGCUGGCGGUGGCGGCGCUCUACGCGCUCUGCUGGGGCCCGCACCACGCGCUCAUCCUCUGCUUCUGGUACGGCCGCUUCGCCUUCAGCCCGGCCACCUACGCCUGCCGCCUGGCCUCGCACUGCCUCGCCUACGCCAACUCCUGCCUCAACCCGCUGGUCUACUCGCUCGCCUCGCGCCACUUCCGCGCGCGCUUCCGCCGCCUGUGGCCCUGCGGCCGCCGGCGCCACCGCCCCCACCGCGCCCAUCGCGCCCUCCGUCGUGUCCGGCCAGCGUCUUCGGGUCCCGCGGGUUAUCCCGGCGACGCCAGGCCUCGCGGUUGGAGUAUGGAACCCAGAGAGGAUGCCCCGCGCGGUGGAGAGACGGGACUAGCCCUGACCGCCCGGGGACCGCAAUAAACCCUGCUGCCUGCGUGGAUCCGGCCGGCUGUCAAGUCUGUCCUCCGCCCUGGGUGGCACGAUGCCACCGAGG